AAUAACUACACAACAUUCGAAAAACUAUUCGUGAUGAAAGCUGUUGCUGUGGUUUUCGUUUUAACUAUUAUUAUAGUCUUCACGGAAUGUGCUCCAUAUCAAACGGAUAAUAAAGAUACAUCUGAAAAGAAAACUUACACCAUCGAAAAUAUAAACCCUAACAACUUACAAUGCGACCCCAAUGGUUGCAAUAGCGACUGCGUUGCGAAGGGAUAUCCUGGAGGAUUCUGUUUUGCUGGUUCCUGUUGGUGUAUCCUUGGGGAAAAACCUGAGAAAAAAAUGUAUACCAUAAAAAAUUUAAAUUCGGACAAUCUACAAUGUGAUCCCAAUGGUUGCAAUAGCGACUGCGUUGCCAAGGGAUAUCCUGGAGGAUUCUGUUAUGCUGGAUCCUGUUGGUGUAUCCUUGGGGAAAAACCUGAGAAAAAAAUUUAUACUAUCAAAAAUGUAAAUUCUAAUAAUCUACAAUGCGAUCCCAAUGGUUGCAAUAGCGACUGCGUUGCCAAGGGAUAUCCUGGAGGAUUCUGUUUUGCUGGAUCCUGUUGCUGUAUGAUUGGGGAAAAACCUGAGAAGAAAAUUUAUACCAACAAAAAUGUAGAUUCAAAAAAUCUACAGUGUGACGACAAUGGUUGCAAUAGCGACUGCGUUGCCAGGGGAUUUCUUGGAGGAUUCUGCUUUGCUGGGUCCUGUUGGUGUAUCCUUGGGGAAAAACCAGAAAUGAAAAUGUAUAUCACCAAAAGUAUAAAUUCUAAAAAUCUACAUUGUGACCCUAAUGGCAAAUAAUAUCCUGGAGGAUUCUGUUUUGCUGAAUCCUGUCGGUGUAUUCUUGGAAAAGGCCUGAAAUUAUCUUGACCAAAGUAUAACAAGAAAUAAAUUUCACUAUUUUUGUGAAUCCAGUAGCUGUUAUAGAAU